AUGGAGAAACAAAAUUAUUUACUACCAUUUGCUUUUACUAAAACUUCUUCAUUUAAUGAAUCAGAUAUUUUAAAUAAAACACCUAGGGAUAAAUCUGAAAUUGAUGAUAAUGCUGGUAGUUUUUAUCAUACUAGAAAAACAAUUAAAGUUGAUGAUAAAUUAAAAAAUAGACCAAAAUUAAAUUUAAACCCAUUAUCAAUGAAAUCUUUAAAACGUAGAAUGGGGGAAAGUUUCAAUGAUAAAGAUGAUGUGAAAAAAGUAGACUUUGGUGAUGAUGGAAUAGUUCAAAACGGUGAAAGUAAUGAACAUAUGAAUAGUGAAGAUAGUUAUGAUGAAGAACCUACUUUUAUUGAUGAAGAAGAGAAUAAUGAUAAUGGUGGUCAAACACUACCACCUAGUUCCCCUAUUGGAUCAACUUAUAAUGGGAUUGAAUUGAUGUCAGAAUUUGAUUUUAAUACAAACCCUACAACAAGUUUUCAAGUCCCUAAAUCUCCUCCUAAAAAAAUUUACAAUUUACAUAGUGAUCAAUUAAAAACUUCUCCUCAAAAACCAAUUAGUUCAGAUACAGAUUUUGGCAUUGAUAGAUUUAAUAGAUAUAGAGGAAGUUUUAAUGAUAAUAAUAAUAAUCUACCUACUUCGUCGAGUAUAGAUGAGGAUUUUGUGAAUUUGAGAGAAGUUAAUAAACAAAUUUCAUAUAAUAAAGCUAGAAAUAUAAUUAUAGACGCAUUUGAAAACACUAAAACGAUCAUUGAUCUACGAUCGAUGAAUUUAUCAGAAAUACCAGAUGAAAUAAAAGAUUUAAAUAAUUUAGUAAUAUUUGACAGUUUUACAGAAGAAGCUUCAAUUGAAUUUCCUUAUCAAUUAUAUUUAAAUGGUAAUAAAUUAACACAACUACCUAUGUCAUUAUUCAAAUUUACAAAAUUACAAGUUCUAUCACUAAGGCAAAAUAAACUAAUCUCCCUACCACCAUCAAUUAAUAAAUUAAAAAAUUUGAUUGAUUUUUCAAUAAGUUCAAAUAAAUUAAAAUUUUUACCUUUUCAAAUUUUAGAAUUACAAAAUUUAUCAAAUUUUACAAGUGGUCCCAAUCCCUUUUUGAGCUUACCUUCAGAUGCAAUACCUAUAAAUUCAAAAUCUUUCAUCAAUUCCAAGAUACAACCUAGAGCUAGAUCUGAAGUAAGUUACUUUAAUAUAAAACAAUCUACAUUAACUUCAUUAAAAUCAUUAUGUUUAAAUAAAAUUGCAAAAUACGAUGUAUCAUAUCAAGAAACAAAAGAAUGGAAAAAACAUACCCCCAAAAUAUAUCACAACCUAAUUAUUAAAGCUAUUACAAAGGGAAAAUUUAAUGAUAAAUGUUCACAAUGUGAUAUAAUUGUAGUUGAACCUGUGGCAGAAAUUUAUGAAUGGUGGGAUAUUUUACAAAAUAAAAAUAUACCAAUUAGAAAACAAUUUUGUUGUCAAAGAUGUGUAAAUAAAUAUUUAAUUCAAGAAUACAUUCAAGUUUGA